AUGUCAGAUGAUGAAGGUGUAUCCCUGGAGGUGGAGAACAACUACUAUGGUAGAAGCAGCGGCGUGAGUGAGAUAGAGGAAGAUAACUCCUCACACUUUCACUUCAACGAUGAUGCUCCUAAUCCUAUGGUUGCCAUUACUGAAGAAGAAAAGGAGGAGGAAGAUACUGUCUAUGUUGCAGUUGGAAAGAGCCAGAGUAGCAUGGAUGCCUUGUCAUGGACCCUCAACAACUUGGCCACUCCAUCUACCAUAAUCUAUCUCAUACACGUUUUCCCAGAGAUCAAGCUCCUUCCAAAUCCAUUGGGAGUGGGAAUGAUUCCAAAGGACCAAGUGAGUCCUGAGCUGGUAGAGAGUUACAUGGCCCAAGAAAGAGGCAAGAGAAGGGAGCUCCUAAACAAAUUUCUCCAAUUAUGCUCUGCUUCCAAGGUUAAGGUGGACACCAUCUUGAUUGAGAGUGAUUUGAUUGCAAAGGCUAUCAUCGACCUGAUUCCUAUUCUUCAAAUAAGAAAAGUAGUGAUUGGAGCCAGCAAAUCCCACACAAGAAAAAUGAGAUCAAGGAAAGGGAGUGGCAUAGCUGAUCAGAUACUUCAGAAUGCUCCAGAAAGUUGCGAUGUGAGUAUUGUAUGCGAAGGAAAGGAAGUAAAUGAACAGAUAACUCGAGCCAUUGCUACUGAUACUUCCAUGUCCCAGAAAAACAAGCAUCAGCAGCAAAAUACUUCGGUUUCAUGGGAAACGGGGCGUGAUUGGUAUUUGCAUAACGAACCCGAUGAAGAGGCCUCUAGCUGCUCUUGGGGUUUCAUUGGGUUCAGGAGAAACCAAGUGUUUGAUUGCAGCACCAAUGAGGUAAACAAUGAAGAUUCAGAGGAGCUAUUUGAGAUCAAUCUGAAGGAGCCAUUGAAUACAAUAUCAGAAGAUUACAUUCACAAUAACAACGACAGAGAUGUUGUUCAUGUGGCAGUAGAUCACGUUGGGGAAUCAAGCAUGGAAGCCCUUUUAUGGACUUUGAAACAUGCUGUCACUCCCUCCACCACUGUCUAUCUCAUACACUUCAAAACUUUGAUGAUUCCUGAUGAAAAGAUUGUUGGAAAAUUCCCGAGGAGUGUUGUGAAUGCGGAGUAUGUUAAGUUUCACUUGACUCAAGAGAAAGGCAAGAGAAAAUUGCUCCUUCAAGAGUUCAUUGAUUUGUGCCUUGAUUCAAAGGUUAAGGUGGAGGUGAUGCUCAUAGAGGGUGACAACGUUGCCAAAGCAAUAACAGACCUAGUUAGAGAUCAUGAUAUAAGAAAAUUGAUGAUUGGAAUCACCAAAUCUAAUUUAAGGAAAUCCGUCUCUAGAAGGAGAAAUGGCAUGGCAGAUAAGAUCCUCAGAAAUGCACCAGAAAUGUGUGAUGUAAAAAUAAUAUGCGAUGGAAAGGAAGUGAUAGAUCAAAUAAUAGAUUGCAUUUCGUCAUGUGACAAUAGCAGUUUCAGAGCUGCACAGGAAGGGAAUGAAUCAUGUGGUUUUGUUUCUCUUAUGCGAUUUGUGCCGAAUCCUAUAUGGAUAUUUAGACCCAGAUUUUGA